AUGCCCACACCCGAGUCCGCCGCCUUCCUCGCCAAAAAGCCCACGGUGCCACCGACCUACGAUGGCGUGAACUUCGAAGACACAGAGGCCGUUCACAACGCCCGUGAUGCCAUUAUCCGUGAACAGUGGGUGCGCAGCAUGAUGGCCAGACUAGUCGGUGAAGAACUGGGCAAGUGUUAUCGGAGAGAAGGUGUGAACCAUCUGGAGAAAUGCGGCAAAUUGAGAGAUAAAUAUUUCGAAUUGAUCGACGAACGCAAGAUCAAGGGCUACUUGUUCGAGGAGAAGAACUACUUUUCGAAAGAGGGAGAGAAGUCCUCGUGA